UCUAAGUGAAAAGUCUCACUUUUCAUAAACCUCUCUGCAAAAACCCAAUCACCCAAAAAUGCACAUACAAUUUCUCAACAUGGCCCCCAUUUUUAUGGAGCUGAGAAGAUUUUGCUAAUUCUCGUAUAUAUUCUUUUCUCCGACUUAGCUCACUUCUCUUCAUCAAUGGCUUCUUCACUAUUAACAACAACAAAACCUCCAUUCCCCUCAAAACUCUUUCUUUCAAAAAUCCAUCGGAGAAUUUCACCCAAUCAUAAAGUUCCCACCAUUAUUUUCCCUAAGAAAUCGCUACCCAACCCAAAUGCGCUCGCGACUUUCCAAACUUCACCCCAUUUGAAGCCCCCAAGAGCUUCUUCUUCUUCUUCAUAUUCUUCUUCUGGUGGGUUACACGAUACGGCCGAGGAAAACGACACUGACAUCAUCAUUACGGCGUCGUUUGAUCAUCAAAGGCCGGUGAAAUUCGCUUUCUGGGUUCUGUUCUGGGCGUCUCUGUCUCUCCUUUGGUUCGCGACUUCCAAGGACGCGAACGCCGCUGCGGACUCGAUCAAAGCCUCGAGCUUUGGCCUGAAAAUCGCCAAUGCGCUUCGGGGCUCGGGCUGGCCUGACGAGGCCGUGGUGUUCGCGCUCGCCACGCUUCCUUUGCUUGAGCUUCGUGGGGCCAUUCCCGUUGGUUACUGGAUGCAACUUAAACCUGUCGUGCUCACUGUACUGUCAGUUCUUGGGAAUAUGGUCCCUGUUCCAUUCAUUAUACUGUACUUGAAGAGCUUUGCAUCUUUCCUUGCCGGGAAGAACAAGACUGCGUCUCGAUUAAUUGACUUGCUGUUUAAGAAUGCCAAAGCGAAGGCUGGCCCUGUGGAGGAGUUCCAAUGGCUGGGUCUGAUGCUCUUUGUAGCUGUGCCUUUUCCUGGAACAGGAGCGUGGACCGGAGCCUUCAUAGCGGCUAUCCUUGAUAUGCCAUUCUGGUCGGGUUUUUCUGCCAAUUUCAUUGGCGUUGUAUUGGCAGGGCUUCUGGUGAAUUUGCUGGUAAAUCUUGGUCUGAAGUAUGCAAUUAUUACUGGUAUCAUCCUCUUCUUCGUUUCCACAUUCAUGUGGAGCAUCCUACGGAACAUUAAACAGUCUUUAAGCUCAUCGAACUGAUAUUGCUAGCAAGGUUAACUUCUGAACUUUGAAAUUUUGGAUUGUUCCUUGUCUGAUUGACCCAUUACAAGGUCAUACAUUUUAAACUUUUUGCUUCUGUCCAGAAUUUCAGUUUCUUCGUUUAAUGCUGCUGAAUUCCAUGUAUCUUUUCAGAAAUGUAAUAUUCCGACAAAUCUAGAUAAAGAAACAUGCCAUGAAUCAUA